ACCGAGGUUGAAAAAACCAUCAUUUGCUACGAGGAAGAGCUCGAUGCUCAGCGCAGGAUGAUGACCGGAUUGACUGGAAACCACAAAUAAAGCUCCACAGAAUCGGGUCGGAGCUGCAGAAACAAAGUUCUGACCUCCAAAAGUCACAAAUCUCCAUUUAGGAGGAAAUGUCUGCCAUCCCCCAGGUAUGUCACCACAGGAGGAGAUCCAGUCAACAGGAGGAAGCAGAACCUAAACAGAUUAAAGAGGAAGAGGUCGACCCGGAACAAUUGCAGGUUAAACCAUCAGAACCAGGGCAUCCAUGUAAUACUGAGAAAGAGGAGGAAUCAGGUCUUCCACUUAUUGAACAAUGGGAAUAUUCUGAAUGGAUUAAAAAAGAAGAGGAUAACACAGAAUCUCCACUGAUAAAUGAAGGAAAUGAGGAACCAGAUCCUUCAGUGGUUCGACAUGAACAGCAACCACCAGAACAUUUACCAACUGGACAGGACCAGAAAGAUCUCUGCAGAAAUCAGGAGGGAGAGCAGCUUGUCCAGAAGCAGUUUGGUGCUUUGAUUGAGACUUCUUCUCUUCAGGAAGGUAAUUUGAUUAGAGAACCAAAACUUGAGGAGUUUUCCUUUGAUAUAUCUAAUGUAAUUGAGAGCAAAGAUCAGGCAGGAAGCAGCUCUUCUGUAUCAUGGAGUCAGUCUCAUAUUGACACAAAGAAAAGGUCUUUCAAAUGUGACAUUUGUGGAAGAUGGUAUAAAAAUCAGGAUAACUUAAAUAACCAUUACAGAACCCACACUGGUGAAUGGCCUUUUUCAUGUGAUUCGUGUGGAGAAGGUUUCCCUAAAAUUAGUGCUUUAAAACGACACAAAAAAAUUCAUACAGGUGAGAAGCCUUUUUCGUGUCAGUCAUGUGGAAAAAGUUUCACUCGAAUUGGUGAUUUAAAUGUCCACGAGAGAACUCAUACAGGUGAGAAGCCUUUUUCAUGCCAGUCUUGUGGAAAAUGUUUCUCUCGAAUUGGUGAUUUAAAUGUCCACGAGAGAACUCACACAGGUGACAAGCCUUUUUCAUGCCAGUCGUGUGGAAAAUGUUUCUCUCGAAUUGGUAAUUUAAAUGUCCACAAGAGAACUCACACAGAUGAGAAGCCUUUUCCUUGUCAAACAUGUGGAAAAAGUUUCUCUCACAUGUGUAGUUUAACCAUUCAUAAGAGAAUUCAUACAGGUGAGAAGCCUUUCUCUUGUCAAACUUGCGGACAGAGUUUCUUUCAAAUUAGUAGUUUAAUCAGUCACAAGAGAAAUCAUACAGGUGAGAGACCUUUUUUAUGUAAAGCAUGUGGAAAAACCUUCUCUCGAAUUGAUCAUUUAAAUGUACACUCGAAAAUUCACACAGGUGAGAGAUCUUUUUCUUGCAACAUAUGUGGAAAAUGUUUUAAAACAAGUUCAAAUUUGAAUGAUCACAGAAAAAUUCACACAGGUGAGAAACCUUUUACAUGUGAAACAUGUGGAAAAAGCUUCAUUAAUGUAUGGAAAUUGAAUUUACACAUUAAACAAAAACACUUGACUGUCACAUAGAUUAACUAUUAUAAAUACUUUAACUUUUCCUGGUAGUAGUUAUCUUUGUAAAGUAUAUUAGAAAAAGAAAAUUGACUAAACCAGGUUAUAGGAAACCUCUCCAAGUCUGUAAAUAGCAGCAACUUGGACCUCAUGGACAAACACCUUUUUCAUACUGUGGUUGACUGAUUCACCCUACAAUAUAAAAUAUCUACAAUAUAAAAAUGCAGCUUAGGGAGCUGAGUUUGGCGUCAAGUUUGGAAAUAAAAUGUCAUAACUGUGUAGACGCUUUAUAGAUGUAGUUCAGCUUGGUGAUGGAGGACUGAUGAUGUGGGCUUGUUUUAAACGCAUUAGUUCAAUAUGAAGUCUUCUUUGUAUUAAACUCUUCUAGAAAAAAAAUCGGUCCAUCUUUUGCUCAUAUCUGUAAACUGAACUUCAAUACAUUUUACAUUUUAUUUUAUGUAUGUGUAUUUUAAAUGGAUCAAAGUUUCUGCUUUUAAUUUGGAUGUUUAUAAGAGACGAUUGAUUGAUUGAUUGAUAGAUUACUUUAUUUUCCCAAAGGGAUAAUUUCUUUCAUGUCAUUACAUUUUCCAAGUUGAAUUAAUAGAUGUGUCACAAAAAGUACAUCAUCACAAACAUACACAGCAGCAAACAUUUUCCCACCAUUGCCCUCAUACAGUCAGACACAAACAGAUAUAAUAUGAAUAGUAUGAUUUCCUCCUCCCCCCUGUUCACCUCAUUAGACAUAGCAAAAAACAUCACUUCACUGAAAACACUAGAAAAUGGAUGAUUGUCACAGACGUUUGCUUUGUGCAAUGUGCAACUUUUCUUAAAGGGACAGUACUAUGUAAUAUAGACGUUUUGAGUUUUACAUCAUGUUAUAUUGUUAUUCACUUAUCAAAGAUGUACCUGGAGUUUUAUCUUGAUUCUUUCUUGCAUGUUUGAGAAAUCCUUUAGUCUCCAUGGCAGAUAUUCAGCUGUGCAAAACACCUGGGUGGACCUAGCUCCGCCUUCGAGGCGCAGCACUACCACGACUCUUUAACUGAACUCCUUUAGACUAGCCAGCAGCAAUUAGCAAACAUCUGGUGGAACUGCACAGCUACUUAGCUCAUUGUACAAGCUACUUCUCAG